UUUCAAACGCCAGGGUGCGCAACAAUAAGAAAACGUGUUUAAUGUGUUUAUUUCGUCUGACCACGUGCAAGAGUGUUGUUUCAGUCAAUUAAAAAAUGGGUAAAGAAAAGAAAAAAAGAAAGCAAGAAGAAUUAGAAGAUGGAAACGUUGAUGUACCAGAAAAGAAGAUAAAGUUAGAUGAAACAGAUGCCGAUGAAACUGUUAGUGAAAACAAGGAAUCGACUUACCAAGACAAAUUAAAGUUUGUUAGUGUAAUUGCUAAACCCAUGGCAUCGAGAAAACUUGCCAAAAAACUAUUCAAAUUGGUCAGAAAAGCUACAAAGUAUAAGACAUAUUUACGAAAUGGUUUAAGGGAUGUUCAGAGUAGAAUAAGGAAAGGAGAAAGAGGAAUAGUGGUGUUUGCUGGAGACGUAACACCAGUUGAUAUGAUGUGCCAUUUACCUGCUGUAUGUGAAGAAAAGAAUUUGCCUUAUAUUUACACUCCAAGUCGUGCUGAUUUAGGAAAUGCUAUGGGUGUAAAUAGAGGUUGUCUAAUGGUGAUGAUAAGAAGUCAUCAAGAUUAUGAGAAAUUAUUUGAAGAAUGCUCAACAGAAAUUGGAAAACUUCCCAUUCCUAUAUAUGAUCCCCAGCAAACUCUUUAAGAAAAGCAUUUUGGUAUGACAUCUCAUCAAUUUCUCCAUCAUCAACAAAAUAAUGCAUUUAGUUAUGACAAAAUUGCAAAAUAAACUAAAUUCUUAUAUUAA